AUGGGUCUUACAUACGCUAAGCACUAUGAGCAACAACAAUGGGAGUAUGCUGCCCGAGCAUACUUGUUGCAUCUAGUUGGAUGCAGUAUAUUUGCUGAUAAGACUGCCACAUUCAUUCGGGUGUUUUAUCUUUUGCUCUUUAGAGACGUACACGCAUGUGGCCGAUAUGCUUGGGGCGUUGUUGCACUAGCAUAUAUGUAUGAGCAGCUAGGAGAUGCUAACUUGGCUUCGACUAGACAGAUGACAGGUUAUUUGACUCUGUUACAGAGUUGGAUAUAUGAGUGCUUCCCUACAUUGGGAAGAAGGCGUAUGGUGUCUUCGUACAUGGAAGACAGACCGCGUGCUGCAAAGUGGGAGUCACCGAGGCAGGGUUCCACUCUCUUAGAGGUCAGGGUACACUUGGAUGCGCUGACAUAUGAUUCAGUCAUCUGGUACCCUCAGGAGACUCGUCCCUUUUAUGGCAUUUGUAUGUUCUCGGGAUGGAUCAGGAUUCGUGAGAUGUUGUGCCGACAUUUGCCCGAGCGUGUUUUGAGGCAGUUUGGAUUUCACCAGUCCAUCCCUCGAGACCCACCCGUUAUUGCAGAUGCAGACAUACUGGCAAUCGAUGAUGUAUGGUUGCACUAUCGUGAUCAUGUUGUUAUGGGUGUGUCCGUCGGCAGAUUCCCAUCUGAUUGUGUUAAUGGUUACCUUCCUUGGUUUAGGAUGAUAUCUCAUCCUUACAUUAUUCUUGCUGCUGAUGACGACCGGCUGAGUCUUGCUCCCAGACUCUGA